CACAGUUUGUGGGCAGAAACAGGGAAGUGCAGAUUGGUGCUGUUCGCUGUCCUCUUGUACUUGUUUUGAUUGAAGCCCUGUGAUGGCAAUGGACUGGAUUGGGUUCGGCUAUGCGGCAGCCCUUGCCCUCGGAGGAUUUAUGGGAUACAAGAGAAAAGGUAGUGUGAUGUCUCUGAUGGCUGGUUUAGUUUUUGGUGGAUUAUCUGCUUACGGUGCCUUCAAAGUCUCUCGUGACCCGAGUGACAUCAAGGUCUCAUUGCUUACCUCUGGAGUCCUUUCAGUCGUGAUGGGAAUGAGAUACAAGAAAUCUGGAAAAUUAAUGCCGGCUGGCAUUAUGUCGGGGCUCAGUUUGUUGAUGGUGUUCCGACUUUUACUCCUGAUCAUGAUGUGACCGAAGAAGCAGAGAAGACGUCCUGUCUCUCAAACAACCUGCCAUUCUCCAGUUAGCUUGCUAACUCAAGUCUGCUGCUUUGUCAACUACAGAUUUAAGAUGAACUGGUAAAAGCCUUGCAGUAAAUCAUUUUCUUUUUGUUUAUGACCUUGUGCAUAAAAGUAAAUGCAUGAUUUGAGAUCAAUUUCUGUAUUGUGUUAUUACCACAAAUGUCUUCACUUGUAUUAAUGACUGGCAGCACAGCAGCAGAUAAGUGAGGGCUGCAGCUAACUAUUAUUUUACAUUAUUGAUUAAUCGUUUUCUCAAUAAAAUGUCAGCAAAUUGUAAAAAAUGCCUUUUCAGAGCCAAAGGAGACUCGACAUAUAACAGUCAAAGAACAAAACUCAAAGAUAUUAAGUUUACGGUCAUGUAUGACAAGUCAUAUCUGAGAAGAUGGGAACAGUAGAUUUUUGUUUAAAAAAUACUAAAAAAAUGAUUCCAUUAUCAAAAUAGUUGACGAUCAAUACUCUGUCAAUUAACUAAUCGUUGCAGCUCUACUAUUCUUUUUCUUGGCAGUGGGCUUAUAACUGUAAAAACUAUAAUGUCAGUUUUGCUGCUAAAACAUGAAGAUUACUAGAAUGAAAUGUUGUUGUAAAAAGUAUGUGAGGAAAAGUCUUAUUGAUUUUUGUAAUAAUAAAACUAAAUAAAUGGAUGUGAUUCUAA